AGGGGGCGCGCGGUCUGGGCGAGGGUCGGGAACGGGACGGCGCGCGCGAGCCCCGGGUGUACGUGGGCCAGCUGGCGACUCCGGGGCGGUGGGGCCGGGCCGGGUGGCGCGCGCUUCCUCACUGGCGGGGGCGGCGGGCCGGGCUGGGAUGGCGCCUCCUCCGCCAUCGCCCCAGCUGCUUCUAGUGGCAGCCCUUGCAAGGCUCCUGGAUCCCAGCGAGGUGGUGGCUGGGCUGGCAGAGGAGCGGGGAGCUCGCUGUCCGGAGGGCUUGUGGCCUCUGCCCCCACAGGUGUCACCAAGAGUGAGGUACACACAGGUGAGCCCAGGGCAGGCUGAAGAUGUCACCUUCCUCUACCACCCCUGUGUCCACCCCUGGCUGAAGCUCCAGCUUGCCCUCCUGGCUCAUGUUUGUGUGGCCAAGCCUUCACUCACCCCUGACCCCAAGCUCACUCGGGAUCGGCCCCUGGUGCUGACAGCAUGGGGGGUGGCGCUGGAGAUGGCAUGGGUAGAGCCAGCCUGGGCUGCCCGCUGGCUCAAGCGGAGGCAGUGGCGGAAGCAGAGGAAGAAAGCAUGGUUCCACUGUGACAGCCUUUUGGGGCCCUCUCCGUUGGUGCCAAGCCCGAGCAGAGGACGGCUGUGCCGGAGAGGGUGUGUGCAGGCCCUGGCUUUGGCCUUUGCUCUGCGGAGCUGGCGACCACCUGGCACAGAGGUGACAUCUAGAGGAUUCAGGCAGCUCUCUCCCAGUGGUGCCAAGAGGCGGGAGCUACGGGCUGCCCUUGGUCUCCAGCCCACUCACUUAGACCCGAGGGUCCCCUCUGCUUCCCCCUGGAGCUUGAAGGCCAAGCAGCGCAUGUCGGGAAUCCUGGGUGAGGAGGGUGAUACCCCAUCUGUGCCCACCGUCCCCCUGCUGCCUGGGGGGCAUGAAGGCAAUGCUAGCUCCAGGACAGAGGCUCAGGUACCAAACGAGCAAGGCAGCCCAGGCGGUUGUGCCUGUCCGAAUCAGGCUUCCCCGGCCCCUCGCGCAGCAGGGCCUCCACGGCCAGCCCGAGGCCCCACCCCACGCACGGAGGAGGCCGCGUGGGCUGCCAUGGCCCUGACCUUCCUGUUGGUGCUGCUCACCCUGGCCACGCUCUGCACACGGCUGCACCGGAACUUCCGAAGGGGGGAGAGCAUCUACUGGGGGCCCACAGGGGACAGCCAGGACACAGUGGCCGCUGUGCUGAAGCGGAGGCUGCUGAUGCCCGUGCGCCGGGUCAAGCGCUCCCGCCGGAGACCCCUUCUUCCACCCACGCCAGACAGCGGCCCGGACGGGGAUAGCUCCGAGUGACCUGCCCAGCCCCGCCGCUGUGGCGGCCGGGCUCCUCCUCCUCCUCCUCCGGCUGCCAGGCGGUGACCUCUGCCACGUGGACCGCGCGCCGGGGCGCCCCCUGGCGGCAGACAACGCCUCCUGCCUGAGCAUCGCGAGGCUCCCUUUCCUCCUUCACUAGUUGGGAGCGGGUGGCCAAGGG